AUGAAUUCACUUUAUGAACUAGACGCUAAAUGGAGGAAACUUCUGAACUUGGACAACUUUUUGAAUGGUUUGACGGUGCAUGAGUUUGUUGAAGAGAUCAGUAACGAAAACUCGUUAAAGGAUGGAGCUGCACACACUGGAACAUGGGAACACUUGAAUCCCAAACCCUACAUAAGGACAUUUGAAUCAACUGUGAAAGAGCUGCAAAGAUUGAACACAGAUGCCGAAAGCAGAAGAGGUCAAUUGGAACAAGGAGUCGCGAAAUAUGAACUAUUGCAUGCUCAAAGAGUUUUGCAACUGAAAGGUAAUCUUGAGACUAUAGUCAAGGACAGCAAUGUUUUGGACAGCGAAUUGACAAAUGUAACACAGGUGGUUUCCCCGCUCGGUGAAAAACUCGAGAAAUCUAUCAAACGGAAAAACAUGUAUGCCAAGUCCGUUGAGCUAAUUUCGUACUAUGCAGCGUUCCAUGCCGAUGGACUUUCUUCACAGUUGGAAGCACUGAGAACAUCUAAAAACUGGAAAUCCAGGGCUAGAGCCUCUAUCCUGGUGAAAAACUUGCUUAUACUCACGCGAAAAGUGGAAACAAAGUCUGUGCCCAGAACAAUCGGAACUACGGCACUGAUAGAGGACUAUGCUCAAAAGUUAGAGACAGAAUUUCUUGCCGAAUUCAACACCGCUUAUCGUGAAAAUGACUUUGACCAGUUGACAGAAAUCGCUAUCCUUCUCAACCGCUACAAUAAUGGUUUAAAUGUUAUCCAAAGUUUCAUAAACCAGCACGAAUACUUCAUGGGCGUCGACAACGACGACUUUACUUUUGAUGAAGCGUUCAAAACAAAGCUGACCGAUCCGGACUAUCAUGCGAUCUCCUACGAUACACAAAUGGUUCACAUUCUGGAUGAAAUAGAAACUCUAGUCAAAAAUGAGUCCAAAGUAGUCAAGCGGGUUUUUGAAAGCAGAUGUGCAUUUGUUUUACAGUUGCUUAUCCAAAAGAUCUUUUUGCAGAAAAUCGAACCGCGUGUAGAAACACGCCUCAAUGCUGCACUAUCGCUUUCAGGCUUGGCGUACGUUAGAAUGCUACAUGGUUUAUUUUCACUGCUCAACCAACUUGUCAAGGAUCUAACGGAGUUUUUUCGGCUUGGCGACAUUGAAGACAAUGGAGAUUUAACUUCUGCCCUCGAGCGCUCUUUCAAUGAUCUGUUUGCAAAGACAAUAUACGACAGAACCAAGUAUUUCGAUUUGGAAAAAAGAAGCUUGGAACUUGCUUUGGCUCAUAAGACCUCAAAGUUCUGUUUGGGUCAUGAGAAGGAGAUUUAUGCCAGAACCUUGAGUACAAAACUAAUGAAUGGUACUUCGUUCGCAAAUGAUUUGGCCUUCCAAGAAUCAGGCCCCACUUCUAACGGCAAGCUAUCCCAGAUAAACAAUUUCUUGAAAAAUCAAUUAGAGCGAGAAAAGAGGAGACUCAACAGCGCGGAUAGCUCGAUGAGCCCUCUCCCCGCCGGGAAAACGUCGAAUGGCUUUGACGAAGCCUCAAAGGGUCAAGAAUUCUCUCUACAAAGUAUAGACGGUAUGCUGAAAUGCGCCAUCGAGUCGGUCGCACGCAUCUUGGAACUGGUCCCAAGUAAAGCGAAUGAGUACACAUUCGAGAUAGUCGAAGUAUUGCUGAUGGGAACGGUGAACUCCUACGUUGAAUGCGGGCUCGAGGUGUCGUUCUCGCAAAUGACGGAGCAAGACCUUAUCCGAAAUUCAGAGUUAGACAUGUCAUAUUUCCACUACAUCUCCAGAGCCUCGGAAAUGCUAAGUCUCAUCUCUGCUUCGAUAAAGACUGUGGUCUUGCCGCUUUUUGUAAAUGCACCGGAGGUCAAGAAAGCGGUCAUAAUGAUAUCAAACCACCAUCUCAAGAGGUGUGAACUGCUUAUGAACAUUAUCGUAGACGAGACAAUACUCGCGUUUACGCAAAGGUUCCUGGCUUCUUUAGCCAAACAGAAAAAACGAGAUUUUUUACCGAAAACCCAGGACAUACUCGAUCACGAUACGCUUCCUGCUUCUGAGAUAGUAAGGGAUCUCAACACACUUUAUGCACAGGUACGUCGGUACUUGAAAAACGAAAACUUGCAGAGCUUCCUACUACAAAUUGGUAGCACUCUCUCCCGUCUUUUAUUCGAACACUACAAAAAGUUCCAGGUGAGUUCUGUGGGAGGUAUCAUUCUCACUAAAGACAUCAUCGGUAUUCAAACAGCAGUAGAGGAGUGGUCCGUUGAUGGACUUAUUGAUGAUUUUGCGACAUUGAGAGAACUGGCAAAUCUUUUCACAGUGCAGCCCGAAGAAUUGAAUUCGUUGACGGAUGAGGGUCAUCUAGCAACGCUGGAUCGAAGAAUCAUUUCUGCUUAUGUGGAUAAGCGUGACGAUUUUAACCAAAACAGUUUUGUGAGCAAAAUAGGCCUAUCCUAG